UUGGAAUCUAAUUAAAUUUAUAUAUAUCAUCUUACCUUUAUGUUAUCUUCUUCACCCAAGUUGUAUCAUUAUAACAGUUCACAAUUUCUAUAAUAUAUACUUUCUUUGAAGUAUCUGUUCUAACUGUUGUCUACUACUGCAAUAAGCAACAUCUAUUAUUUCUCAUUUCUGAACUUGAAGAGCUUCUUCUUCUGGAACACCGCCAUUUAAGGCUAAAGAAGAUGGAUUUUGUUACUGAUCCAGCAAAAGGAGCUAUCUCGAAAUUUGUAGAGCUGGGAGUGGAGUCUACCUUGAAGCAAUUUAAAUAUAUGAUCCAACACAAAAAAAUUACAGCCAAUUUGAAGGAGAAACUCGAGGAGUUGAAGGCUUGUAAACAAACGUGGCAAGCAUGGAUGGUUGCAGAAAACUCCAAAGGAAAUCAAAUUCCACCUAACAUUUCAAAUUGGCUUUCACGCGUGGAAGCAAUUGAAGUUGAGUUACAAAGCUUCUAUAAAAGUAGUGUUAACAAUAACAAGAAAUGCUUUGGUGGACAAUGUUCAGAUUUGGCAUUGAAUUACUCUCAAGGUAAGCAAGCCACUAUAAAAAUAGAAGAUAUUACAAAAUUGAUAGAGGAAGGAAGCAAACUUCCAUCUUUAUCAUAUCCUAAACCUCCACCAGCACUUAGGUCAACCUUCACAAACAAUGAUGUUAAGAGUCUAGAGUCCAGAAAUCAAAUUAUGAAUAAAGUCAUAGAGAAGCUGAAGGAUGAUCAAUUCAAAAGGAUUAGCAUUUGUGGGAUGGCCGGAGUGGGAAAAACCACAUUGGUAAAAGAACUAAUCAAAAUUGUAGAAAAUAAAUUAUUUGAUAAUGUUGCAAUGGCUUCAGUUUCCCAAAACCCUAACUAUGAAAUAAUCCAAAAACAAAUUGCUGAUGGUUUAAGAAUGGAGUUUAACUCGCAGAGUCAUAUAGAUAGAAGGGGUAGGGAAAUACAUGAGAAGUUGAAGGAAUUUGACAAUGAGAAGGUAAAGGUUCUAAUAGUCCUAGAUGAUGUGUGGCAAGAUCUUAACUUUGAGUUAAUGGGACUUUCUUCUCAAAGUCACCAGAAGGGUAUAAAAAUCUUAUUCACAUCGAGGAAUGUAAAAGUGUGUGAAAAGAUGGGAAGCCAAGAGAAUGUACAAGUCUCUGUAUUGCAAAAGGAUGAAGCUUGGAGCCUAUUUCAAGAAAUGGCAGGAAAUAUUGUAAACAAACAUGAUAUCGAACCAAUAGCAAGAGAGGUUGCAAAUGAAUGUGGUGGCUUGCCCCUUGCUAUUGCAACUGUUGCGAGAGCUCUUCGCGCCGAGGAAAAGAUUUCUUGGGAAGACGCACUUCAACAAUUGAGAUACUCCCAAUCAUCACCCUUCUCUAACGACAUACAAGAAUAUUUAUAUUCACGUAUUGAGGUUAGCUUAAAAUUUUUGGGUAGUGAAGAACACAUGUCUUUCCUUUUUCUUUGUGGUUUGUUUCCAGAGGACUUUGACAUUUCUGUUGAAAAUCUAUUACGUCAUGGGAUGGGCUUGGGGUUGUUUGAGGAAAAUGAUGCAGUUUGGAAAAUAAGAAAUCAUGUAAAUUGUUUAGUGAACAAUCUGAAAAAAUGUUUCUUAUUGUUAGACAGUGAAAAGCAAGGGUGUGUAAAGAUGCAUGAUGUUGUGCGUGACGUUGUCCUCAAAAUUUCUUCCACAAAAGAACAUGGGAUAUGGGUGCAGAGUAAUGCCAGAUUGAAGCAGGUUAAACAAAAACAAGGAAAAUGGCUUAGAAUGUCGAUCAUUUUGGAUGCAAAGAUUGAUUCAGAAGAUAACUUAGAAUGUCCAACACUAGAACUUAUACAGGUGCGAACACAAGGGGAAGAAUGUGAUAUUAUCUCAUUGCCAGAUAACUUCAUCCACGGAAUGACUAAACUCAAAGUUGUAAAUAUUACAAAUUUGUGCAUUCCAAUAAUAUCAUCAUUUUUUCAUGCCUCGAGAAACCUUCGCACGUUGCAACUUGAAGGAUGUCACGUUGGAGAUAUAUCUGUAAUUGGUAAUGAGGUCAUGAGACUAGAAAUCCUAAGCUUUGCCAACUCCAAUAUCAAAGAGCUUCCAUCUGAAAUUGGGAAUCUGAUAUAUCUCAAAUUAUUGGAUUUGACAGGAUGUAAUCAUCUUAACUUCAUUGCUACAAAUAUUUUCACAAGGCUAACAUUGUUGGAAGAACUUUAUUUUAGCAUAAACAAUUUUCCUUGGUUGCUAAACAAAGAAUUUCUCGAAGACUUAAGAAAUCUUUCGGUCCAGUUAAAAGUUCUUGAGAUCAAACUAAGUAAACUCGAUUUUUUACAUGGCGAUCUAAUUUUUAGAAGCCUAAAAAAGUUUUGGGUUUAUGUAGUUCCUUCUACUCCUUAUGAACGCCAUGGAUAUUUGGAGUCAAAUAUGAUACAGUUAAGAGCUUUAGGUUACAACUCUGUUAAGAGUAGUAUGAUGAUCAUGCAACUCAUCAAGAAAUGUGAAAUUCUCAUAUUAGAGAAAGUGAAGGACUUGAAAAAUGUCAUAUCUGAAUUAGAUGAGCAUGGUCUCCAAUGUGUGAAAGAUUUAAGGCUUGGCUCCUGCUCCGAUCUUGAGUGUGUCAUAGAUUUCUAUGCUCCACGGUCUAACUUACCAUUGAUCGAAUCGAUGUGUCUAGAGAAUCUUGUUUGUAUGAGGACAGUAAUUCAGGUACCUGAUCAUUGUGAAACCAAUGAAGCAAUGAUGGAAUUCUCAUAUUUAGAAAAAAUGGAGUUGAAGUGCCUUCAAAAGUUGAUUGGAUUCAGUAACUCUCAAUCAAUUCAUCAUGGACUGAGUUAUACCACCAAUCAUUCAGAUUCAGUUGGUCAUGGACCAUUGUCAGCUAGUGCCAAGUUGUUUUCUUUUGAUUGGAUGAAACAAUUUCCAAAAUUGGAAACAAUACUGCUACGUGAUUGUGUUUCCAUUGAGAUGGUAUUUGACUUGGAAGGUAAUCCGGAAGUCAUCGAAAAUGGUAUUUUGUUUCCUCUGCUAAAAGAACUUGAUAUAUCAAACAUGGAUCAUUUGCUAUAUGUUUGGGGGAAUGUUCCGUGUAGUGUCAGAGGUUUUCAUAAUUUAAGAUUUCUAAAAAUCUCAAGGUGCAACUCUUUGAAAUAUGUAUUUACUUCUGUCAUUGUUAAAGCAAUUUCAAAUCUUGAGAAGUUAGAAGUAAGAGAUUGUGAAAUGAUCGAGAACAUAGUGGUUUGGAGAAGAGAUGAUAAAGAGGAUGACAAUAUCAAAGAACAUGUGAUAAUGAACGGGUUUGGUAAACUAUGUUAUUUAUCACUUUUGAAUCUUCCAAAACUUGUGAAUGUUUAUUUAGACUCUGUUGAGUUAGAAUGUCCAUCCUUGAGGAAGUUUGAGAUUGGUGGUUGUCCUAUGUUUGAGAUAUCUUUAUUACCAACCUAUAUCCCUAAAAAUCAAGACAAUCGCAAAGUCACAAAUUCAUUUAAUAUAGAAGAUAAUUCAAGCUCUUCUACUUGGACCCCUAUAGAAUGUGCGUCAUUUCUACCCAAGUUCAGUCGUAAAAGAGCCACAAAUAAUAGAAUUAAUAAGGAGGCGUCAGUAAUUUCAGAAUUACAAGAUGUUACAUAUUCCCUUUUUGAAAUGAAUACCAAGAAAGUAAAAAGUCAUAUGCCUGCUCUUGAGGAACUAAACAUUGUGGUAUGUGAUUUGCUGGAUGUAAUAUUUUUUGACGAAGAAAAAUUCAAUUUCCUAGUUUCGUCAUACCUGAAAACCAUCAAAAUUGGAAAGUGUGACAAGUUAAAAUCCAUUAUGCCUAAAAGAGAAGAGAGGCGGGACACGAUAAACUAUUUGACUCAACUAGAGAUUCUUCACUUGAUAGAGCUUCCAAAUCUUGUUGGAUGUGUGGAUGAUCACGAAAGGAUAGGCAGCCAUCCAUUCAUGGAUGGGUCCUUGUUUCCAAACUUAACUUCUUUGCUUAUAGAAACUUGCAACAAAAUUAGCAUAUUGUUCUCUCAUUCAUCCUUGAAUAGUCUUGAACAGCUUGAGAAGUUAGAAGUACGAAAUUGCCAGAACAUGCAAGAAAUAGUAUCUCAAGAAAAGAUAGAAGCAACGUCAAAUAAGAUUGUGUUGGGAAAGUUAAAACGUCUAAUUCUUUGGAAGCUACCAAGCCUUAAGGCCUUUUGCCUAAGUUCCUAUAAUUUCUUUUUCCCAUCAUUGCAAGAUGUGGAAAUUAAAGAUUGUCCCAAUGUAGAUGUUUUUUCACAAGGAUUUUCAAAUACACCAAAGCUUGAGACGGUCACCAUGAUGAUUGGUUUCAGUUCCAUAGAGUAUAUGCAUAAGAGAGACAUCAAUUCCACUAUACGAGGAUUUAAAGCAUUUGUGGAAUCACAAGGAUCAAAUAUGUUGAAUGGGGCCGUGUGGUAUUAUGAAGGAAACCUCGAUAUCUCAAAUAUAAAUAUCAACACAUUUAAUGAGAUUGUAAGCUUCCAUAAGCUAACAUCUAUUGGGGUUUCAUAUUGCCACAAUUUAAAGAGUUUGUUCUCCCAUUCUAUGGCCAAAAGUCUUGGGCAACUUUUUAUUCUAAUAGUCCAGGAUUGUAAAAUUAUGGAGAAGAUAAUAACAAAGGAAGAUGGAAAUAUUGAAGGAGGAAACAAGUUCAAGAAUUUAUUUCCCAAUUUGGAGGUGUUAAAACUUAGGCGUCUUCCUAAUUUGGAAUGUGUUUGUUCAAUUGACUAUGACUAUGAUCUCCCAUGGUGUACCAUUGGAGAGGAUGAAAUCAUUAGUAAGAUUCAAAUUACAUUUCCUAAAUUAAGGAUGUUGGUUCUUUAUGAAGUUCCGAAGCUCAAGUGUUUUUGUUCCGGAACAUAUGACUACAACAUCAUGGUCUCCUCAAUUCAAGAGUGUUGUAAUAUGGGAACAUUUCCCCAUGGAAAUAUUAUUGUAAACACACCUAACCUUCAUCAAGUUGUAGGCACGUGGACUGAUAUGCACACAUUUGGUGACCUUAAUUUGACUAUAUAUUAUCUUCUAAAUUCAGAGAAAUUCAAGGUGGAGUUGGGAAAAUUAGAAACAUUUAGCAAUAUUGAGGCAGAGCUUGUUGACUACAUCAAAAGAGUAUCAGAGCUACGUAUUGUAAACAAUCACAAGCUAUUGAAUUUCAUCCCAUCAAACAUGAUGCAUAUAAUCUCCCACACGAAGCAUAUCUACUUGCAAGAAUGUGAGUUCUUAGAAGAGAUAUUUGAAUCGAAUGAUAAUGGUAUGCUAUACCAGUUAUGGCGUAUAAACUUGUUUUCUCUUCCAAAGUUGAAGUAUAUUUGGAAAAAUCUUGGUCAGAGUUUAGCCUUUCAGAGAGUUGAAUAUAUAAAUAUAACAAAAUGCAAUGCUUUGAAAUAUGUGUUCUUGGAUAUUUCCAUAGCCACAAGCCUUCCACAUUUGUAUUCGAUUAUAGUGUCUGAAUGUGAUGAGAUAGAGGACAUCAUUAAGAAUAAUUCUAAUUCUCUCAAUUGUUCACAACAACAACUGAAGGCUGAGAAGAUCAUAUUCCCAUCAUUGGCCAGAAUUGAACUAAGAAAGUUGCCCAACCUCAAACGUUUUUGUCAAAGCUCUUACCCUUCCUAUGUUGAGCUUCCAGAAUGGUAUUAUUUAUCCAUUCAAAAUUGCCCAAAGAUGAAAACCUUUUGGCUUGAUGGAAUAUUAUACACACCAAGUCUUCAAAACAUUUCAGUGGACAAUGUCAAAUUUUCCGAUGUUGCAGAUGUGAAUGAGGUUAUACAAGAAUACAAUAAAUCAUAAUGAAGGCAAAUGUUGGUGUGAAGUUUGAAAUUCACAAUUAUGAGAAUGAAGCCCAAAAAGAGCGUUUGGUGACUAAGCUUGCAUUCAUCCCCUUCAUUCUAUUUACGAGAGAUCAAAAGUUUAGAAGAAACAAUGACACUACAUUCAUACAUGAUUGGAGAAUUUGAAUUUGGGCAAGACGACGGGCAAUGCUUAGGAGAGUGAAGAACUUUAUGACUUCGACCUUGGAGAUGAAUAUCUACGACCUUCCAAACAAAUAAGUUUUAGAUUUAAAUCUUUUUUAGUUUUAAUAAUGAUGAUAAUGGUAUGCUAUGGUAUUUACGGUUAGUGUGAAUAAGAAUUAGUUUGUUCCUAGAAUAAGGGUUUGUUCCUAGAAUAAGGGAAACAAAUCAGAAAUUGAUUUGUUCUCAUUAAAUGUAAUUAUUUAGUGUAAAUACAUGUAUAGCCCUGUAAACUCUAUUUAUACAAGAAAUAACAUUGAAAAAGGCAUGAAAACAAGAAUUAUU